UCAUUCAGGUAGCGCGACAGCAACAGCCUCGGUCUGGUGUGACACUUGUCGUCGCCUGUGACUCACGGCUAACGUUAGCUCUGGUCGGGCUCGGUAGGGUUGGGCUGGGUCGGGUCGGUACGUUACUUCCCUCACUUGCCCAGUAAACACUAUGGCGGCUGCGGAUCCCCGAUCCUCGAGUGACGGCGGGCCGGCCAGCAGAGGAGGAUACUCGGCUGGGGAGAGCAGCAGCGACCGCGACGGGCAGGGCGGCAGCAGCGGCGGCGGCGGCAGCGGGGAGGGCGAACGGGAGCGGGACCGGGCCACCUUCGAGUGCAACAUUUGUUUGGACACUGCCAGAGACGCUGUCAUCAGUAUGUGCGGACACUUGUUCUGCUGGCCCUGUCUCCAUCAAUGGUUGGAGACACAGCCCAGCAGGCAGCAGUGUCCUGUUUGUAAAGCAGGCAUCAGCAGGGAGAAAGUCAUCCCGCUGUACGGCAGAGGAAGCUCCAGCCAGGAAGACCCCAGGUUGAAAACUCCACCUCGGCCUCAGGGACAGAGAACAGAGCCAGAGAGUCGAGGCGGGAUGUUUCAGGGCUUCGGGGACACUGGCUUUCACAUGUCUUUCGGCAUCGGUGCUUUCCCCUUCGGCUUUUUCACCACAGUCUUCAACGCCAACGAUCCUUUUCACAGAGCAGACCAGUAUGCAGGUGAUCACCAAGGCAAUGGCAACCUCAACAACGGCAAUAACAACUGGCAAGACUCCCUCUUCCUCUUCGUGGCCAUCUUCUUCUUCUUCUGGCUGCUGAGCGUGUGAUGGAGAGCAGACGGGAUGGGUGGGUGGAUGGAUCAACAAGAGGAUCGAUGAGCGGGAGGGAGGAGCGCAAUAAAACAAAACAAAAAACAACAAAAAAAAAAACAACCUCACACACUAAACUCCAGCCACAGACACACACUUAUUUGACAUUUCCCAGCAGGUACUAACUUGGGAGAGAGCGGAGGAUCGUGUUUGAUUCCAAAACAAGAAAUACAGGAUGUAUUAUACACACUAUAUUUGGUUUUCUCCUCCUGGCAAAGGCAGAUUCGCUUCAGGAAUCUCAGCCCCACCCACCUGCUUUGCUGAUUUUGUUUAUGCAAGACGCACUCACUGGAAAGCAGUGGUGUGUGAACCCCGAAAGAAGUCAUAUUGGCCCUCCCUCUCUACAUGCACCUGUAGAUAUAUACACACAGAAAAAUAACUUGGGGUUCGGAGACAGUAUUAAGUGAUCAGGGUAAGCUAUGUAAAGGAUUUCUUUGCGCAGAAAAGAGGUGGGUGAAGGAUAAUUCAGGGCAGUGACUAAUUCUGUUUUGGUUUUUCACAUUCCUCUUGAAGGUUUACUCCUUAAAUAGAGACGGAGGAGGAGGCAUGUUGUGGAAAGUUUAACAGGGGCUAAAACAGGGAAGACGGGGUAUGAGAUUACGUAGUGGUUGCCAUAGCAACUCUUCCUCCAAAAGGCCAAAGAGUAGUGGAUCAGUCGUGUACGAUGUCGGGUGGGUGGGUGAAAAAUGUAAGUUAUGUUCCUGUUUACAGUUUCCUCAAAAAUUGAACAAGUACUCCUUAAAAUGGAUCGGCGGAUAGAAACAGCACAGGUGGAUGCUUUUCUUAUAUACAUUUGUCUUAACAAAACCUGCCAUUGCACUGUGAAGUCAUUUGUAGACGAGGCUGUCCUAAAGAUUGGUGUGUUCGCUGGUGUUUAACCACUUGUCGUGUCUUUCCUCACAAAGCUGUACAGACGUGAAUGGGUGUGACGUCAAAGGGUCGGUUUGGGAGAUUUUUGCAUCAGCACGAGCAACUUAGGAGAGAAAAAAGCAAUCUGACGCACAGUUUGUUAAUUACAGAGCAAAACUUGUGGCUGAUAAAGGAGCUCGAUGAUAUGCUGCACUGUGUGUCACGACAGCAGAGUCGAUGCACUGUAUCAAGUGAGGAGAAACAAGGUCAGCGUGUUAGAAUUUACAGGAAUGACGUGCAGCAGUUCAGUGAACUUUCUGUCGCAGUUGAUUUGUUUUUUCCUGACUGUGUCUGUGUGUCUGAGUGAGUGUGUAAACAUUAUAUAUUUGUACAUAUGAAUAUUGUAAAUGCUGUUUUUACGUGUUUUCUGAGUGGAUGAGCAGCCACAGAGGGCAACGGAGGACGAGACAAGCGAGCGGGCCCUCAAGAUGUUUUUGUAAAGUUAGAAACAAUUCCUGGUUUUUCAUCAGUUCCCUCCUUUUUACUCGAGAAAAGUCUCGCAGCCAAAGUUAAUAACUCUUCUGCCAACCUCUCCUUCAAGUUAACAGGCGAGACAUUCCAGGUGAAAACAGUUUCCAUGCGCUGUCAGUCUUGAGAUUUUGGGCUAAUUUUGCUUCCAUAACAUGUCCAAAAUACACAAACAUGAAAAAAAUCGACUUUUUUGUAUGGCUUUUGACAGUAUUUUCUGAUUUAUGGAGUGAUAAUAUUCCCUCUGUAAAAACUUUGACUCUUAAUAUGUCAACAAAAUCAAACAAGAACUUUGAACCCAGCUUUAUCCAAUGUUAGUCAGGAAACAUGCGCAUAUUAGUGUAUAACUAAUUAAAUAAUUUGCAUAAUCGAACAUAUAAUGUCAGAAAACUUGUGAUACAAAAAAUAACUGUUAAUGUUAGUAAUAAAUUAGGGAAGUUUCAUGGUGAUGGUUAAAUUUAGUUACGUUUUUUUACCCUAUUCACUUGUAGUUUCUUAUUAUUUGUCUAAAAAAAAUGACAUUUUACAAUACAUAUCUUUAAAGUCUGAGCCAUUAUUGCUGCUGACAGUAUUUUCUGAUUUAUGGAGAGGUGAUAGAAAUAUCAAAAAAUCCUCCUUUGACUCUGAUAUGUCAACAAAAUUUCUAUAACAGAAUUUUGAAUCUGGCUUUAUCCAUUGUUCAGAUUUCCUUUCUAUGCAAAUCUGUGCAUGUUUAACUAGAUACUGCCUCAUCUGCACAUUUAAACAUUUAGGAAAACUUGUAAAACAAGAAAUAAUUUUCUUAAUGUACGUAAUCAAGUUGGGAAGUUUCAUGGUGAUAUUUAUUUAUUAAAAAAAUGUACCCUAUUCACCUGGGGUGUCUCCUCUUAAAUGUUAGGAGCGCAACACAGUGCGUGCUUCCCUGCUAAUGUGAUUUGAUCUAUGACACCGUGCACGUCAAAGAUCUCCCUUUUACUGUUAUACUGUUUGAAGCAGUCGAGCAAAACUAAAGUAACAUACAUUUGUCUUACUAAUUGACACCUUAAGCAAGAAGUGCUUCUCUCACUUACUUCAACCCCACACCGUGUAGUUUUCUCUCUCUCUGGAGCCACAGAAGUCUUCACACAGCUUUCUUCUCAUUCACAGUAAUGCUCCCCAACACCUGUAAAAAGACUAUCACUGGAGUUUAGCUGAUCUAGAUGUAAUCAAUCAGGUGUUUGGCUCUUAAACAUUCACACCAGGGUCAGAGAUGGAGACGGAGGGCUCUGUGGGAUGUCUGAUACGAUGGCUGCUGGGGCUCGUCAUUUCUCGCAUACUUGUCUGUUCAAGCUACACUUUGUAUUGUAAGGCUUAUGUGACACUAAAACAAGUGAUGGAAGUCACGAUUUGACAGACUAAAACUGGAGACGUGCAAAACCAAAUGAUGUAGGAGAUUAAAAACUUGAUAAAAACA